AUGCUGAGAAUACGAAUCGAUAAUCAUCUGCAGGCCAGGGUAGCACAAUGGCUUUUCCUCCGAAGAUUCUCUCUGUGGUCGAUGAAGAAGGAAGCAGAGUUAGAAUCAGCACUCUCACGCAAUCGACGAUGGGUAGUGAACAACCAGAUAAAGAACAUCAUCCUCCGCUACCCCAACAACGAAAUCCCCAUCGAAACCCUCCAGAAGAAGUUCAAAACCCUGGAUCUCCAAGGCAAAGCCCUCAACUGGCUCUCCAAGUACCCAUGCUGCUUCCAAAUCCACGAUAAUCGCUGCCGUCUCACCAAACGCAUGAUGAACCUCGUCGCACAGGAACACUCCCUCAUCGACUCCCUCCAACCCUUCUUUGCUCGAUGCUUGGCCAAACUCCUCAUGCUAACCCUCCACAACAGACUCACCGUCCUCAAAAUUAACGAAUUCAAACGCAGUUUCGGCUUCCCCGAUGAUUACGUAAUCCGGAUUCUCCCAAACUACCCUAAUUUGUUCCGAAUCGUCAACGAGAGCGGCAGGAGGAGCUCCAUGGCCGUUGAGUUGCUGCAUUGGGACCCUGACCUCGCCGUCUCCGCCGUCGAAGCCUCCGCUGUGAAGCUCGGAACACCGCCACGCUUUUCAUGUUCCUUGCCGUCCAGUUGGGUGAAAUCCUGGGAGAGAUUUCGCGAAUUUGACGAAAUUCCUUACAUUUCCCCGUAUUCGGAUCCUAGAGGUUUGGUGGAGGGGUCCAAGGAAAUGGAGAAGAGGAAUGUUGGUUUGGUGCACGAGUUGUUGUCUUUGACUCUUUGGAAGAAGGCUUCAAUUGUGAAGUUGGGGCAUUUUAGGAGGGAGUUCGUUUUGCCUGAUAGGUUGAAUGUGCUGUUGCUCAAGCACCCUGGCAUUUUCUAUGUUUCCAAUAAGUAUCAGAUUUACACUGUGCUUCUCAGAGAGGCGUACGUUGGGUCUCAGCUUGUGGAUAAGGAUCCUUUGGUGGUUGUGAAGGAGAUGUUUGGGGAGUUGAUGCAGGAGGGGCUUCAUGAGUACAAUCAGAGGCGUCGCCUUUUCAAUCUGGAAAAGAGGAGGAAGACAGGGAUUCCAUUGAUUUGUGUAGAUGGAGCAAAUGGUAGAAGGAGAAAUCACGAAGUUGAUGAGGACAGUGAUGGUAGUGGUGGAGAUAGUAAGGUGGGAGGGUUGUUUGACCCUGAAGAAAGAAAACGGUUUUAUAGAGUUCUUUUUGAUGAUGAUGUUUCUUGA